CCUAAAUAAGCAACUAUGUCAGAACUUUUUGUCUCAUUUUUGGUGCCUGAUGAGAGAUGCUCAUGUGCAUUGAGGAAAUUAAUUGAACUCAAAAACAGUGAAAACAUUCUGGAAAGACCAGAUCCAGAUCCGGACUAUUCAAAACGAAGGAAACCAGGAAUUCAGAAUAGAUUGUGUACUGGGAUAAGGGUUGUCGUUAGAACAACCUUUCGUCAUGAUUUUUCUGUUCGAUACAAUUCCGUUGCCGACCCUAUUCACUAUUACCAGAAGGGAAACUCAAACUUCAAUAAUUCGAAUUGCUUCAUUCUGUCUAGAAAGGGAAGUGAAAAAGAAAAGAAAGAAUCAAAAUUGAAUGAAUCUGAUAUGGAGGAAAGAAAAGGAAGAGGAGACAAGGAAAAUUCAACUCACAAUACAGAAACACGACCAAGGACUUGGAACGUGGACUACAUGGAACGUAGUGCAAGAAAAUAUCAAGGUUCCUGUCCAGAAAGAAUGGAGACAGAUCAUCAGAAACCAUCUCGCGAUGUGGAGAAGACAUACCAUAGCAGAGACAAGAGGAAAGAAAACAAAAAUUUGAGAUCUGUUUUGGUGAAUAGGAGUUUUGCGCCUUCGCAGUUGAAUGGGAACGGUUCGUAUCAAGUUAAUAUCAAGUUACUUGUGAAUGAAAAUUGCUUUUCUUCAUCAAAGAAGGAUGUAGCAGAAAAAUAUGGAAGUGAAAUAAAACCAAAAUUUAGGAAAAUUGAUAGUUAUCAAUUCAAAAUUAAAAGCCAUGAGGAAACAGAUGACUGGAAAUGUAUGGAAAAUCAUGAAAAUGACAAAAGAAGCAAUUCAAAAAAUAAAAAGAUUUUUGUUGACGAAAAAUUUGUAACAAAAUUUACAAGGAACAACAUUUCCAGUGAAGAAUCACAUUUUAGCUUUCAAGUAUAUUGUUUAAAUAUCAAUUCUGUGGUUUCAAUGAGUCAAGAUAGUAUGGAAGACUGUCAAGAGAGGAAUAUAAGUAAAUGGGGAUUGAAUAAAAGUCUUGCCGGUUUAGAAAUUCAAGACUUUGAAAAUUGUGUGAUGACCGAAGAGACUAAGUAUGAAAAUUACCAGGUUCAGUUUGAUGACUCUGAUAUUCGUAGUGUUUGUGAAUUCAAAAAAAUUACAGGAGAAUUUGAGGGAAAAUUGGAAGAAGUGUGUAAUCAAGAAAUGUUCACAAAUGAUGGAGAAAAAUUUUGUGGAAAUUCGAAAUAUCCUUCAGAGAUUUGGCAAAACCGAUAUCACCAAGCCUUGUCGAGUACAAACACAGUAGAACACCUUAAUGAAGAGAGAUCUGUAAAGCAAAUGAGAAAUUCUGCUAAGCCAGUAAUUGUUUAUCGAUACCAAGUAAAAAACCAUGAGGAUGCAAGAAACUACGAGAAUUCAACUAUUACAGUGGUCGGGAAGAAAUUCAGCUAUCAAGUAGCUGGUGUUAUUGAAAAAAAAAGAGGGGGGUACAAGCCCGAGAAUAUGGAGAUGCAGAAAAAGGUUAUCAGAUUGAAUUCAGGGGUGGAUUCAAGGAUUUUUCACAAUGAAGCACAAUUUCAACCUAUGUCAUUGGGUAGUAUAACACAAAGAUGUUUUAAGAACAUGAUAGAAAGAAUACUGAAGAAUUUAGAAGAAGGUUUUUCUGUGAAAUUGCCAAGAUUCAAACCAUUUACGCUUCUUCAAAACAUGACGAGGAAUUCAAUGCAUGAAGACAUGUAUCUCGAUGUGGUAAAAUAUCUUGAAAUAUAUCAAAAGAAAUGUGAGCAAUUAAUGUUGCACAGUGCUAUAGCAGAGAAAUGUAAUUUGCCAGAAGUUACAGAAGCACUUGGAAAAUUGAUUUCUAUGUUUUAUGAAAGGUCAAACUACAAUCCAUUUUCAAAUUUUAAUGAAGAAAGAAAUCAAAGUUUUUCAGAAAAGUUGGUGUUUACCGAGGAUUAUUCAAGAAGUAUUGUUUCAGAUGGUAGUUAUGGCAGUGUUGCAGUUCAACAAAAGCCUAAAGGAGUUUUUGUUGCUUUUUCCUAUUUCACUGAAAUCACAGGUUGUGUCAUUCAGCCAUGCUUACCAAGUUGUUUGUUCACCUGUGAAAGUGUCAUGUUAACGAGCCCACAUCCUAAAAUUCUCUGGAAAUCACACGAAACAACUGAAGUCCGAAGUUUCUGUUUAAUGAAGUCAAGUCUUGCAUUGAAUGAUCUAUUUAAAUUUUGGCAAAGUGUGGAUUUCCUUUCAUCUCAAUCCCCUCAUCGUGGAGUAUGCUGGAAAUUUGUUAAAACUACUCAAGAUAAGAUUCUGGGUCUGUAUUCAACAAAUCUAAAAGCUACACAUAAUGAACUUCUUCGAAGUGUAAGUUUUCUCACAUCUCGACCGCCUCAUCGUAGAGUAAGCUGGGAAUUUGGUAAAACUACCCAGAAUGAGAGUCUGAUUCUUUAUUCUGAGAAGCCAAAUGUUAUAUAUUUGAAAAAGUUUUUUGAGAAUCCAUGGGAGUCUCUAUUCUAUUCUUAUGAAUUCACCACAGAAAAUAAAAUUGAUUUUCAAUUGAUACAAAAAAUUCUCGAUAAAUCCAAUAUCCAGUGCUGUUGGUUUAACAAUGAGAACAUUCUGGAAGACGCUGAAACUUUGUAUGGCUGGGGAGAUAAAAGAUGUGUACAUGAAUAUACUAUUGAUGAAAUCCCUGCUGGGAUAUAUUUAAAAACGGAAGCACAAUUACAAUUGGAAACUGCACAACCGAAAGCUAUUGAAAAUGCUGAAUCCAAUGUGGAUUUUGAUUCUUACUCGAUACUAAAAUAUUGGGAAGAUGCCUUAAAAGUGAGGAAAGAUGCCACAACGUCUUUGGGAGAGGCCUUGAAAGUGAUAGAAGAUGCCUCGAAGUCUUUGGAAGAUAUCUGGAAAAUGAGAGAAGAUGCCGUAAAAUCUUUGGAGUAUUCCCUGAACUCGGUUUUGCUAUUUCAACAAGAAUUAAUCAAUGAUGUUUAUAACAACUAUUGGAUUAAAAGUGCACAUGCGAAAACUCAGAGAAUACUGGAUUAUGAAUUCAUAUUUCAUGUGAACCACUUCACUAAUUUUUUUUACAAUUUCUUUCUGCUGUUCUCCAAUCAAACGAAGUAUGUCAAAUAUUACAAUCUGGUAGUUUCUUCUACGGAACAGGCUUUUCAGUUCGAUCAUACAGAGAUUUGCAGAAGAAAUUCAUCAGGAAUUGAAAACAGUCUAUUCAGACUCAAUUGUAAGCUGUGUGAGAAGAAAUAUGUCGAAAAAAAUCAAGGGAAGAGUGUCAAAUUUGUCACUUUGUUUACAAAUGUGAGAAGCUCUCACUACCAGACAACAAUCUUAUUGGAUUCAUUUCUUCAGGAGUUGCGCAAUGCGUAUUUGAAGCCUGACUGUCAAGCUUUUAUUAUAUUAGAUGGAUUGGAUCAAGCAGAACCACUAUUCACACAUCUUCAUAAUCAAGUCCCGGACCUUACUUGGAAAAAACAGCAGCGUCGUACACUAAUAGUCUCAAGAAAACAGCAGGUUAAUCGUCAAUCGAGCACAGGCAUUAAAAUCUGCUCCGAAAGUUUGAAAUACAAUCAAGGCCUGGAAACAAACAACAACGAACAUCAAAUAUUAAAGGAUGAAGAAAAAACAGAAAAUAUCUCCGAAAGUGAUACAAAAAAGAUUGGACAAGCACAAACAUCACCGGAAAUCGGCAAGUUAGAGAGUCCAGUACUCGAACCAACAUUAGAAGGGAGUAAAACUGUCAUACAAGAGGUUUUUGUCCGCAACAAGACUAUUGGAGAAGAGACCGAUUCUAAAGUUUGUUCAUUUGACCAGUCUGCUUUGCCUCAGUCAGAUUUUGUUCGUGACGAUUUCAUCACGGAUAAAAACAAUCCUUGUAGCAGUUGUGAAUGUGAAACUGAACACAAGCCUAGGAGCAUUCACGGAAAACCUUUGUCAGAUUCUCAUUGGCAACAUGAAGACUAUCAACUAUCGGAUAAUGAAAAAAGUUGUAUUGCUGAACACAAUCCUGGGAGCAUUCACGGAAAACCUGCGUCAGAUUCUCAAUUGCAACAUGAAGACUAUCCACUGCCAGAUACUGAAAAAAGCAGAUCAACUGAUUUGAAAAAAGAGAGUGAUGACAGUAAAAAGUAUGAAUUUAAAGCCCAAUUUGAUUCUCAGGAAUUUUCAUUCAAAGAGGCACUUGAUAAGACUUUGAUGUUCGAGGACUUCAAUGAUGGACUCAAGAAAUCGCAGGACUAUUCACUUCUCAUUGAAAAUAUAGCUCUGGAAACCACAAAAGAAACGAUUCAAGAUGAACCAGAGAUUUUAAACUAUCUCCCUCCUGCAGGCAAUUUUCAAACACAUGAAUCUCGUCUGCGUUCCUUUCAAUUCAAUAAAGACUUUUACUUCAAUUCUGAACAUUUCGCAAGAGCUGGAUUUUAUGCGAUCCAAAGUCAACAUGUCAAUUGUUACAGUUGCGGAAUAACUCUGCAAAUAACUGAACAACUAGCUAGAAGUGUGUUUGAAAGAAAAUGGCAUCAAUCGGAUUGUCAACAUAUACGAAAAAUUUGCCACACUAUUCAACCAGCAAAUCAAAAGAAGCAACUUGUUGCUGUAGAAGCUGACGGAACUAUAUCAGAUGAUGUUCGAGACCCACCUGGGCAACAAAGUAUCUACAUACCACCUGGUGAUGUCAGAAGAGAAGCCUACAGACUGUCAACCUAUGAGCAUUAUCCAGUUUCAUCCCCCAUCAGUAGAAAAAGUUUGGCAAAAGCAGGGUUUUAUUAUACAGGAUUCUUCGAUCGGGUGAAAUGUUUUUCUUGCGCGAGAACAGUAGAACGAUGGAAUGAUAUAGACAGUCCUACUGAUAUAAGAUGGCACAAGUCAGAUUGUCUGUUUGCAAGAAACCAUGACAGUGGCAACAUACCAAUAAGAAGUUUAUUUGAAAGAAGUAGCAAUCAAGCUGGCCCAUCCAGAAAUCAGGAGGAAGUGCUACAGCAAAGAGACGCCACUGGAGAAGUAGUACGAACCGUAAGAUAUCCCGCAGAUUUACCAGAGAGAGUUAGACAGACUGGGGGCACGUUUGAAAUUGGACCUAAUAAUACAAUAAGAAUACAAACCGGUCCAGGACAAAAUACUGGAAAUGUUGGCGGACUUGGGUCCCAACCACCCCAACCAAGAAGAUGGAGAAUGGCGAAUGUUAUUUCAUCCGAUCACAGAAGAUUUUUAACUAACUUGCAUUUGAACAGAGAACUUGACAGACUUGCUUCAUUUGCUCGAUGGCCGGUUGGUCGUCCGAGUGUGUCACCAGCAGCUUUAGCGAGAACAGGAUUUUUCUAUCUUGGUGACAUGGACAGAACUCAAUGCUUUUCUUGUGGUGGAGUUUUGAGGAAUUGGACUCUCGAAGAUGAUGCGAUGGCAGAACAUCGUUCACAUUUCCCCAAUUGUAAAAUGAUACUCGGAACCGAGCAACGUAAUUACAAAGUCAAUGAGUUUCCCGACCCACCUGCAGAUCGUGCGAGAGAUUAUCCAUGCAGAUUUCCAUCCAAUCCACAUAUGAGAAAUGAGGUUGCAAGACAAGAUACUUUUGAUCGUCGAUGGCCGGUGGGAAGAACAGCUGCAACUCCUGCAGAAAUAUCACAAGCUGGAUUCUUCUUUCUAGGAGAACGUGACCGCGUUAAAUGUUGGUAUUGUAACGGCGGUCUCCAGAAUUGGGAAUACGACGACAUGCCAUGGAUCGAACAUGCAAAAUGGUUUCCAACCUGUCAGUUUUUAUUGCAAGUAAAAGGACAACAUUUCGUGUAUCGGCAUUUAACAAUGAACCCCCAUCUUGCACGACCGAUCAUCGCAAAACAAGAUGGAGCAACUGUUGAUCCCACUGGAGGCACUGCUGGAGGUGCAGGAGGAUCGAGUCAAGGAAAUGUUGAUAUUCCACCUGGUGGUCCGGUAGACAGACAACCUGAACCAACACCAGAGAUCAUUGAUCCACAGGUUGAGAUGAGAAAACGUAAAGAAAGAGUGAAAACUACAAUGGAGAAAUCAGAUCUUGUGAAAAGUAUCUUACUGAUGGGAUUUGAUGAAAAAAUUGUUGCAGCUCUCCUUGAAGAUAAAAUCGAGAGUGGAAACGUUGAAAAUCCUGAUGAUAUUUAUGAUUCUAUGUCAAGCUUACUUGAUGAUGUCAUGAAGAAAGAAAAUGAACUCAAAGAAGAAGAGAGCCAAAUGCAGGCUGCUGUUCAGAUACCUGCAGUGAUGAACGUUGGUGGGGCUACUUCUAUGGCUUUUCAAUCUUAUAACUCAGCCUACAGCUCAAUGUCAACUCCAAUGUCAUCAUUGGGGCCUUCCCCAGGAUCAGGAAAAUAUCAAGUUUCAUUGAUCGAUGACAAUGAAGAACCGAUGGAUGAAGACAUGUAUGGAAGUGUUGAAGCUGGCCCUUCCACCACUGAAGUUACUCCAGCAAAACAACUUCUCAAUGCAGAAGAAAAUUCUGAGUCACUCCAGCAACAACUGGAGAAAAUAGAAGAAGAGAGAAUGUGUAAAAUCUGUUUCAGUAAUCCUGCUGAUAUGGUUUUUAUUCCUUGUUCUCAUAUGAUUUGUUGCAUGGAGUGUACACAGGCAAUCAGACAUUGUCCCGUUUGCAGAAAAAAGAUCGAAAAAGCGAUCAAGACAUACGCGAAUUGAUAAAAUAUAUAAGUUUUGACGCAGCAAUGGACAUCUUUUUCUAGUGAGCUACCGUAGUUAACUCUUCAUCAAGCAGCCGUACAUCAAGUAACUGUGAAUCUAUACAUAUGAGUGAUUAUGGGUGGAGCUAAUAGCUGUGUGGUGGAAUCACUCCCCCCAGUCCAUACUGGAAUAAUUUGUGUGUUUUGUAUAUAUUUUAACGUUGCCUAUUCUAUGAUUGAUGAUGCGUAUGUGAUCAAAUGCAUUAUUGGAUUCUCUUGUAAUAGUCAAAUUGCAAAUUGUUUUUGUUAUCAUUUGUUUGUUUUCAAUUUUCAAUAUUGUAUUGAAUUUCACUUCACAAAUUUCUGCCAUUGUAUAAAAAAUAAUUUCACCAAGCAUUGCUUGCAAUUUGUUUUGCAUUUCUUGGUAGCCCAGGGUUAAGAAUUAUUGUGCAGAGAUUUUUGCUUUCAAUGUAAAUUUCAUUCAGUUGCAUGGUGUCUUUUAAGAGCGUGGUGUAAAUAGUGGGAGGUGAAAAUGGUUUCUUUUAGUUUAAAUGGUUUUGGGAUUAGUUAUUCGAUAUUUAUUUUCAAACGA